CUACAACGGCUCACCCCCAGGUCGUAGGCCACGCAUAACGGUUUGCCGUGAUGAACAACUCCGUUGUCAUCGUUCUUCUCGUUGGACUGGCCUUUGUUCAAUGUAGAGAUAUUAAAUACCAGGAUUGCGGAUCCGAAGCCAAGAUCUUGUCGGUCGAAAUAGAACCGUGUGACAGCGAGCCUUGCGUCUUCAAGCGUGGAAACACAACUACCAUCCGAUUUUCAGUGAUCUCAGACCAAGACAGUGACACCGUAACUCUGGACGCCAGAUGGAAGGUGUUUGGCUUCAUGCUGCCUAUCCCCGGUGUGGAGAAAGACCUGUGCAAGUACGCCCUUCAGUGUCCCGUCGUGAAGGGAAACACCUACCACGGCUCAAUAGAUGUCUACGUGCCGUGGUUCAUACCGUCGGUUAAGACAACCGCACAGAUCAAGCUUGUGGGCGACGGAGGAGUGAGUGUCUGCAUAAGAAGCAAAAUCAUCGUCGGAUAAAACCACCACACGCAUUUCGCUCAACAAAACCAUCUGGGCCGUAUUCCGAGAUAAUCAGUUGAUCACUCUCGGUGACAGCUUCACGAUAUUUCGAGGCUAAACCACCGCACACAUUCGGUCAUCUAUGCAUACAUCCAACCACGUUAAGACAAGUGGGACAGAAACAGUGUGUUUCCUGAACUCCGACGCCUCCAGAGGCUAUUUCGUGAAGUCCUGAAGAAUUGGCAGUACCGGCGAAAGUGGUCAACUUGAAAUACAAUCCCGGGACUCAUUGUCAUCGCAAAUAAAGCGGGUUGGAAGCUUCCUUUUCUGAA